AUGGCUGAGCAGCUAGUCCUCCGUGGAACCCUCCAGGGCCACAAUGGCUGGGUUACCAGCUUGGCCACGACUUUGGAGAACCCAAACAUGCUCUUGUCCGCCUCCCGCGACAAGACCCUGAUCGUCUGGAACUUGACCCGCGAUGACACCGCAUACGGAUACCCAAAGCGAUCCCUCCACGGCCACUCUCACAUCGUUUCUGACUGUGUCAUCUCCUCCGAUGGUGCCUACGCUCUCUCCAGCUCCUGGGAUAAGACCCUCCGUCUGUGGGAAUUGGCUACCGGAAACACCACCCGCACUUUCGUCGGCCACAACAACGACGUUCUGUCCGUUUCCUUCUCUGCUGACAACCGUCAAAUUGUCUCUGGUUCCCGUGACAGAACCAUCAAGCUGUGGAACACUCUUGGUGACUGCAAGUUCACCAUCACCGACAAGGGCCACACCGAAUGGGUCUCCUGCGUCCGCUUCAGCCCUAACCCCCAGAACCCCGUCAUCGUCUCUGCUGGUUGGGACAAGCUCGUCAAGCAACCUCCUCGUUUUCUAUGUCGCCUUGUUUUCCAAAUGAUGUUUUGCAAUUACGUCUGGGAACUCUCCACCUGCCGCAUCCAGACUGACCACAUUGGCCACAGCGGCUACAUCAACACUGUCACCAUCUCCCCUGAUGGCUCUCUUUGCGCCUCUGGUGGCAAGGACGGCGUUGUCAUGCUCUGGGAUUUGAACGAAUCGAAACACCUCUACUCUCUCAACGCUGGUGAUGAAAUCCACGCUCUUGUCUUCUCUCCUAACCGCUACUGGCUUUGCGCUGCCACUGCCAGCAGCAUCAGCAUCUUCGACUUGGAGAAGAAGAGCAAGAUUGAUGAGCUCAAGCCUGAAUUCGAGGACAAGGGCAAGAAGAGCCGUGACCCUGAGUGCAUAAGCUUGGCUUGGAGCGCUGAUGGCCAGACUCUGUUCUCUGGAUACACUGAUAACAAGAUUCGCGCCUGGGGUGUCAUGUCAAGGGUAUAA